GCUUCGCCCUCGCCCUCGCCCUCUGCCCAUUCGCGCCGCGGUUGAACUGAAGAGGGCGGUCCAGGAUGGUGGAGAAGACGGCAGGGAGAAAAGAGGAGGUGGUCACCAGAGAGUACACCAUCAACCUCCACAAGCGCCUCCAUGGCUGCACCUUUAAGAAGAAAGCUCCCAAGGCCAUAAAGGAGAUCAGGAAGUUUGCCCAGAAAGCCAUGGGAACCACGGAUGUUAGAGUCGAUGUGAAGCUGAACAAGCAGAUAUGGAGCAGGGGGAUCCGAAGUGUUCCGAGGAGGAUCAGGGUCCGCAUAGCUCGCAAGAGGAACGAGGAUGAAGACGCCAAGGAAGAGCUCUACUCUCUCGUCACCGUCGCUGAGAUCCCAGCGGAGGGGAUAAAGGGGUUGGGUACCAAGAUCAUUGAGGAUGAUGAGUAGUUUAUUUUUGCUACAGUUGAUUGUAUUGACCCUAAAUUCUGUCGGAAUAUCAGUUUUGUCGAGCAUUUUCAUUA